AUGUGUUAUGAAGUACCACCUGUACCGGCGCCCCAGAAUGAACACGCUAAACGCACAAAUGAGCUCUUCACUGUCUUUUACGAGGAACUCGGAAAAUGGCCCUGGGAGGUCAUCUCAUUUGGCCCAAGGAGAUGGGGCCAGAAACUAGUCUCGGGUUUCACGAGACUUCUGAGCGUUGACCUUCCUAAGACUGACGGGGUAACGCUCGGGCAACUCAUCGACUUCUUGCAUGAUCACUCUGCGGAUCACACGAUGCCGCAAUACAGAUAUCAGCUGAGCAUGAAGCUUAUCGCGAAAGCAACCAAGUGGCUGGCAGAUAAGCGUGAACUCCCUAGUGCUCAACCACAUGACUCCGAUUCCGAUUCCGAUUCUGACGGUUCCAUCCUCAAUGAACCUCAGAACGUGACCCGCAACAAAGCUCAAGCCCGAGCUCUCCACACAGAUACCAGAAUUGCCCCAAUUCGAACCGCUCGCAAGCGACCCAUAGAUUACAACGAACGUCGCUAUUUCCAACUCCACAAUGUCGACGGUCCUGAAGAUGACGGCGCAGAAGAUGGAGGAAACGAGGAAAUUCUGGAAGAGGUUGAACUCGAGCCAGCCGAGCCUCCAGCCAAAAAAAGGCUUAUGGUCUUUUUCAACUUCUCACCUGAGAACACCCAGGAGCUAUCUAAACUUAUGGGAGACUACAUCACGGGACCUGGUAAUCUACGCAACGGUAGCGGCAACGUUGAGGCAUCCCGACACUCGAUUCCACAGCGGAAUGCCCCAGGUGCAGGGGAAAAACGCCUUCUCGAUACACCUAAUCAGUCGCUGAAUGAAGUUCAACUUGCCUACGCCGAACAUCUCAAGCGCGAGAUCGCGAAACUGGAAGAGGACAUUAGCCGCACCGAAGCCAAUAUCAGCAACUCGUCCCGACGCCGUGUAGGUUAUCUCAAAACCGUGCGUUCCAGCGCCGAGGCUCUCGAGCAAGCCACAAAAGAAGCCACCAAGGCUUCACAAGUGGUCCAACACGCAAGAGCCCGCUGCGAAGCAGAUGCCCAGGUUGUCGAGGAAUUACGCCGUAUGAGCAGCGACAACCCUGGCAUCCUCACUGCAGAGAUAGUCCAAAACAUCGAAAAAAAUACCCCUGCACAGAAAGAGAAGAGAGAGGCUGAGCUUAAUCUACGCAACAAGGAGAAGCGUCUCAACGACCUCAGAACCAAGAUCCAGAUGGCAGAGGCCAACGUGGACCCACUGAACAGCAAGAUCAGCGAGCUGUCUGACGUAUUGCACGCAAAGAAGAACGCCCGUCGAAGUCUCGUUGCUAUUCAUCGUCUUGUUGCAAUGGGUGGGAAGGAGUUGAAAGAGACUUUGGGGGAGAAGGGCCUCGAAGAGUGGGCGAAGGAACAGAACAGGUCUGAGAGAUAG